UAUGCGUGGAUAUAGGGUGAGGAAUUUGGUCUUUCAGACCAAACAAGCCUAUUUAUUUGGGCUUGAGUUUGGUCGACCAAGCAUGAGCCCAAGCAUGCUGGACCAAACCAAGCAGCUCAGACUCUUCAUGUUUGUGCUUGAGUUUGGUACCAAAUAAAGACCAAACUUGUCAAACUCAAACACGAGUUUGGGCUGAGUUUGGCUUACGUUGCGGUAUCUUGACCGAGAGCCGAGGGUCCAGGGAGAUGCCAAGUCACUAGAUGAUAAUGUCAACAGUCAGCUACAGUUCGCUAUGUCUUUCAGCACGUCAACCAUUAUGAUGAACAUGAUUCAUCAGACAGUACGGUGGAACAUGGGCACCCAGCUACCGAGGCACAUCAGACUCUCGAGUGUUUGUCCAGACAUACGGUUGCGCAGGUCAGUGCAUAUCAACUUCCCUCGAGAGAAAGCUCGCUCCGAUGUAUCUGUUGGGCUGUCCAUCAAAUCUUGCCUUGAUUGUGUGAACAGCCCAGGGCUUGGUGUGCACACUGAUGAGAGCGAAUGCUGUGAACUGCCAUCGCCGUCGUUGAAAGAGCCGGUUGGCCUACUACUUGCAGAAGAUCUACGAGUGAAUAGAUUCGACAUGCCAGUAAUUGCGAGAUCUUGUGCUUUGCAGACAAAAGUGUUCAGAGGCUCACUUCCACAGUGCAGAGUCCUGGAGUCCAGACCUCGGCAGUCACGCGGAGACGCAGGUGACAGGUCAUACCGUCAAAGGUCGCAGUCUGGAAACAGCGGCACAGCCCCGCCUGACAGUCAGUGACAGAAGUGACCACAGGGCUCAUGUCAUGUCUAAUGAAGUCACGAGUCGCGACUCACGGUGUAACGACUGGGCUCGAAGGGGAUCGACGGAGGUACGAUGGAAGCUGAGACGUCAGCACGAGGUACGAGGCAGAGCUGGUCGAGUCUACUUCGGAGACACUAGACAAC